GCCCGCGGCCGCCCCGACUCCGGAAGGAUUCGGCGAGCGGCCGGAUGUGACGCCGCGGCCCAGGCGCUCGGGAGGCCGCGGAGAAAGCGACGAGAAGGCGGGCCCUGCCCGAGGUCUGGCAGCCAGCGACAGAGCCGGGCGCCCACGGCCCGAUCGCCCCCGGCAGCACCAUGCCUGCGCUCCUGGAGCGCCCCAAGCUUUCCAACGCCAUGGCCAGGGCGUUGCACCGGCACAUCAUGAUGGAGCGGGAGCGCAAGCGGCAGGAGGAGGAAGAGGUGGACAAGAUGAUGGAACAGAAGAUGAAGGAAGAGCAAGAGAGAAGGAAGAAAAAGGAGAUGGAAGAGAGAAUGUCACUAGAGGAAACCAAGGAACAAGUAAGCAGUCUCUUCAUCUCUCCUAGCUCUUUCUUCUCUUGGCUCUCCUGCCUUCACCUUCUCUCCCCUCCCCAGAUCCUGAAGUUGCAGGAGAAGCUUUUAGCCCUACAGGAAGAGAAACAUCAGCUUUUCCUGCAGCUCAAGAAAGUUUUACAUGAGGAAGAAAAACGGAGACGAAAAGAGCAGAGUGACCUGACCACUCUGACAUCAGCAGCAUACCAGCAAGGCCUGACCGUUCACACUGGAACUCACCUCCUCAGCAUGCAGGGGAGCCCUGGAGGACACAAUCGCCCAGGCACCCUCAUGGCAGCAGACAGAGCCAAACAGAUGUUUGGACCCCAAGUGCUUACGACCCGGCACUACGUGGGCUCAGCAGCUGCUUUCGCAGGGACCCCAGAGCAUGGGCAAUUCCAAGGCAGCCCGGGCGGCGCCUAUGGGACUGCUCAGCCCCCACCUCACUACGGACCCACACAGCCUGCCUACAGUCCUAGUCAGCAGCUCAGAGCACCUUCCGCAUUUCCUGCAGUACAGUACCUGUCUCAGCCGCAGCCUCAGCCCUAUGCCGUGCACAGCCACUUUCAGCCCACCCAGACAGGGUUUCUCCAGCCUGGUGGUGCCCUGUCCUUGCAAAAACAAAUGGAACACGCUAACCAACAGACGGGCUUCUCUGACUCAUCCUCCCUGCGCCCCAUGCAUCCCCAAGCUCUGCAUCCAGCCCCUGGACUCCUGGCCUCACCCCAGCUCCCUGUGCAGAUGCAACCAGCAGGAAAGUCGGGCUUUGCAACCACCAGCCAGCCUGGCCCUCGGCUCCCCUUCAUCCAGCACAGCCAGAACCCGCGAUUCUACCACAAGUGACCAUCAGAUUUGAUCUUCAACCUUGCCCCCAGACCCUGCCAUGGGGGAGGAUCCCUGGUGCGUCCUAGUUCCAAGCCAAUAAAAUCUGCCUGCCACUGA